AUGCGCCAUAUAUGGGCCCUUCCUAGCUUAACAGCACUCUCUCUGUUCCAAGCUUCUGCUGCAUCCGCUGUACCUAGAGCUCGCCAAGCUAUCAACACCAGCUCCCCCCUCGCCCCGUUCCGUACUAAGAGACGAUUCCGCACCCAAGCCCAACUCCUGAGCAACAGUGCUACUAAGACGACACUUGUUGAAGAGAUGGUGACUGUUGAUACCACGAGCCGGCUGGCCGCCCUGCGGUCCUUGAUGAAGGAGCGCAACCUUCAUGUCUAUGUUGUACCAUCCGAAGAUAGCCAUGCUUCCGAGUAUAUCGCCGACUGCGAUGCCCGCCGCACAUUCAUCUCUGGCUUCUCCGGGUCAGCAGGAACCGCCAUCGUGACCCUGGACAAGGCAGCUCUCGCCACAGACGGCCGAUACUUCAACCAAGCUUCCAAGCAGCUGGAUUCCAACUGGUAUUUGCUCAAGACUGGUAUGCAGGAUGUACCAACCUGGCAGGAAUGGGCGACGCAGGAAGCAGAGGGUGGUAAGCUGAUUGGUGUCGACCCUCAGCUGAUUUCCAGCGCCAUUGCCGAGAAGCUCGAUGAGGAUAUCAAAAACGCCGGUGGUGGUGGUCUUGUUGGGAUCAAGGAAAACCUGGUAGACCUUGUCUGGGGCUCUGAGCAACCACCUCGCCCCAGCAACAGUGUAUUCCUCUUGGGCCAGCAAUACGCUGGAAAGGACACGGCAGCGAAGCUUGCCGAUCUCCGCAAGGAGCUGGAUAAGAAGAAGGCGGCUGGUUUUGUUCUUUCCAUGCUUGACGAGAUCGCUUGGCUCUUCAACCUCCGCGGCAGCGAUAUCGCUUACAACCCGGUCUUCUUUUCGUACGCGAUUGUGACGCAGGCCUCGGCUACACUUUACAUUGACGAAGCGAAAUUGACCGACGAGUGCAAGACCUAUCUUGAACGAAACAAGGUUACCAUUAAGCCCUAUGGUGCUCUGUUUGAGGACAGCGAGGAGCUUGCUCGCCGAGCAGAGGCCGAUUCCAAGGACGCCAAGCCCAGGAAGUAUCUCAUUUCGAGUAAGGGGUCAUGGGCUCUGAAGCUGGCAUUGGGAGGUAACAAGUUUGUCGAUGAAGUCCGGAGUCCAGUUGGUGAUGCCAAGGCUGUCAAGAAUGAUGUUGAAUUGAACGGCAUGAGAAACUGCCACAUUCGCGACGGCGCUGCUCUGACAGAGUUCUUUGCCUGGUUGGAAGACCAACUUGUGAACCAGAAGGCUCAGCUGGAUGAGGUGGAUGCGGCCGACAAGCUGGAGCAGAUCAGAUCAAAGCACAAGGACUUUGUUGGACUUUCCUUUGAUACUAUUUCCUCGACAGGGGCGAAUGCUGCUGUCAUUCACUACAAGCCAGAGAAGGGUGCCUGCAAGAUCAUUGAUCCCAACGCCAUCUACCUCUGCGAUUCCGGGGCUCAGUACCUGGACGGCACCACAGACACCACCAGAACGCUUCAUUUUGGAACGCCAACCGCCAAGGAAAAGAAGGCUUACACCUUGGUUCUCAAGGGCAACAUCGCCUUGGAUUCGGUAGUCUUCCCCAAGGGAACAAGUGGUUUCGCCAUCGAUGUCAUGGCCCGUCAAUUUCUUUGGAAAUAUGGCCUCGACUAUCGCCAUGGUACAGGCCACGGUGUAGGCUCGUUCCUAAACGUGCACGAGGGGCCCAUCGGCAUCGGUACAAGGAAACAGUAUAUCGACGUUGCCCUGGCCGCUGGCAAUGUGCUCUCGAUCGAACCAGGCUACUACGAAGAUGAAGCAUUCGGUAUCCGCAUUGAAAACCUCGCCAUUGUGAAGGAGGUCAAGACGGAGCAUUCGUUUGGCGACAAGCCAUACCUCGGAUUCGAGCAUGUCACCAUGGUUCCGUACGCCCGCAAUCUCAUUGAUGAGACCCUUCUCACACCGGAUGAAAAGGAUUGGCUGAACCGGGCCAACAAGAAGAUUCUCGAGAAGACGCUUGGAUACUUUGAGAACGAUCCUUUGACAAAGGCCUGGUUGUUGCGGGAGACGCAGCCUUUUUGA